AUGGGAACUCGCUUUCAAAUAAUGGACGGAUAUUUUGAUACCACCUCUUCUGAAAGUUGGUCUCUUAACCACUUUGCCGAGUGGUGCGCCAUUAACAUUUCGUGUGAAAAGAAAAGGAUUUUAGAUUAUAUGAAAAAGUCUAUGGAGAAUACGCUUAAUCAAUCUUAUUCAGAAGGAACAAAGCCGAAAGUAAAUCAAAUGUACAAAGAUUUUGAAGCUUGGAAGUUAUCCGGAAGUCGAAGUGAUUAUUUUAAAUCUAUGCCAGACUUGAAGAAAAUCAAAAACGAGGAAGCUAUUCGACUGGAGCAGAUAAAAAGUCAGGAAACCGUACAACUAGCUAAGAUUAAGUCGAAAAAUUUGCAAGAACAUACCAUCACAGUAGUGGAAUUCCAUAGGAACAUCGCUGAAGAUCUCACCACUAUUAAUCGUGAUGUGAAGCCGACAAAAAGGAAGUCGACUAGAAAAAGAAAAUCAAUACGUUAUCGUUAUACUGAAAGUUCAGAUGAAGAAGAUCAUUCGUCUGAUCCAGACUACACAGAGAAAUCAGAGAGAAAACAGGAAUCAAGAAGAUCAAAGCGAUUACGGGGAAAAGCGAACCGUGAUGAUAUGGACAAAGGUGACAUUAACGUAGAAACUUCAGAGGAUGAAAAUAAAUCAAGUCCGGCUCAACCAACCAUGAUCUCAAAUACUUCUGAAGAUACUACUUUGUGCGAAAUUACUCCAAGUACACCCCAGCAAUUAAAUACUUCAGAAGAUUUCGCAACUUCACGCGAAAGUACACCUUGUCCAACAGUUCAUUCAGCUACAAGCACUUUAAUAGCGACACCUAAUAAACCCAUUAUCACGAAAGCAACAUAUGAUGAAUUUUCUGCACACAUAAUUUGUGCUUUUAAUACAACGAUACAUCUUGUCAAAGAAACGAUCGAAGAACCAAUGUAUGAGAGAGUUAGAAAUAUGCUCCAGUCAAGAAACAAACUGGCUAUGAGUGAUUCGAUAAUCAAAAAGCUCGAAAACAUAUUUCAAGCAAAUUAUUCUGAAAUCGAAUCUAAAAUAAUUUCGGAAACAAAUAUUGGAGAUAAUCAAACAUCAGAAGAGAAUAGAUUUAUGUUCUUUAUACGAUGUGCGUUACUGGACUUUGUCUUUAGGUUUAGAUAUUUGAUGCCGAAAGUCUUAGACCGAGACAUGCUUGAACGAUCCUACAUCGUCGAAUGUCUGUCCCCAAUUCUGCGAGCAUUUCGCAAUGCUUUUCCUGACGUCAAAUACAUGUGGUUAGAAAAAGACGUAAGAUCUAUAAAGGAAGCGAACAUCAUGUUUACAAGUAAUUUUGGGGAACGAAAAACAGAUUUACUCAUCCUCCGAUUAUCAGAUGCAAGGGAGCUUUUGAAUGUCGAAGUGUCUGGGCCUCCUUAUAGAUUAACAAAAAAACACACGGUUGGUGAUGUUAAAAAACUACUAAUUAUGGCUAUCUGCAGUUUGUGUCGGCUCCUUGGCAAUAGCCUUGAUUGCAAUAUUGAGGACGCAAAAAACGUUAAAACCUAUAGUAUCCAGGUCAUAGGAGACCGACUUACGUUGUUUGCUGUCUCUUUAGUAGAAAAAAGAAAGUAUCUGGCUGUCGAAUUGGCUUCCUUUAUUCGAAGUGAGUUCGUGGAACAAGAAAAAUUACAAAAGAAAAUUCGUUCCUUUAUUCCAACUGACAAGUUUUCUGGAAAUUUAAGAGAGUGGUUACACCUACCAGACGAUGACAUUUCACUUGUAACAGAAGAAGAUAUGGACGAAAUCUUUAUGAUGUGA